CCAGGCGCGAGCGGAGGCCGAGCCGAGCAGCCCCGGCUCACGGAGACAUGAGCGCGCGGCCGCCCGCCGCACCCCGGGCGCAGUGGCCCGGCCCCGCCGCCCGGUGAUGGGAUCCUGCGUGUCGCGAGAUCUGCUCACAAGUGCCCACAAAGACUGCCCCAGGCCCCAGGGCACAGACCUCCUGAAUCAGGAUCUGACCUCCAGCCAGCAUCUGCCUGCUGUUGUUCCGGACCAUGAUGCUGGCAAGGACAAGCAGAUGGAUUUCUGUUGGGAUCCGUGGCAGAGGUGCUUCCAAACCACCAAUGGCUAUCUAUCCGACUCUAGAGCCUGCCCCAGCAGCUACAGUGUGACUGCCCUGGCCACCUCAUCCCUUGUGGGGGUGGUACAAAGCAUCAAGGACCACAUCACAAAGCCCACAGCCAUGGCUCGUGGCCGAGUGGCCCACCUCAUCGAGUGGAAAGGCUGGAGCGUCCAGCAGUCAGGCUGGGAGCUGUCCCCAGGAGAGGAGGAGCAUUACUGCUGUCUACCUGACGAGCUGCGGGAGGCCCGCUUUGCUGCGGGUGUUGCUGAGCAGUUUGCUAUCACGGAGGCCACUCUGAGUGCCUGGUCCUCCCUGGAUGACGAAGAACUGCAGCCAGAGGACAGUACCCAGGGUGCCUUCCAGGUCCAAGACCUGGAGAGCAUCUACCUUCAGGACAGCCUCCUGAGUGGCCCUUCACAAGACGACAGUCUCCUAGCCUGCUCCCCUGGUCUCACUCUCGACGACGGCUGGCCCUCUCUGGAGGAGGAGCCUGCUAGCCCCACCCACCAACACCGACAGAGGCUGCCUGGGGCUCAGGGGCCUGACGGUGGCGGGGCCCACCACGUGCAUGGCUCCCUGCCCUCCGUGGACAGUGGCUCUCUCUCGGAAGACGAGGAUGAGGUAUUCUACAACUGAGGCGAGCUGCACUCCACACUUCGCUGGGAGCUCAAUGCACCGUCUGCUGGCACCGAACAUCUCUUGACUCCUUGGGACAAAAAGGGUGGAGUGUGGCAGGGAUGGUUGCUGUCGUUCUUGUGGAGACCACUCAGUGCCUCCAUGGACCUGCCCUCAACAGUGGGAGGGAGCCCCCUGCUUUGUGGGCUUGGCCCCUCCAGGGCCCCUGCCUUCAGCCCGCUCCCAGACUCUUGAGCAGACACCAGGGCAACUGGCCCCAGGAGACUGGCAGUCAGGCCCCUAGGAGAACACCGGGAAAAGGUUGGGAGAGUCAGAGAGUCAUUUGGAGGGGCCUGGGAAGCCAGCCUUGACUUGGGCUCAUCCCCUUGCCUCUCAUCUGUCCCAUGGAAGGUGGUCCAGUUUCUUCUGGUCAAGCCAUUCCUUGCCUCUCUAACGUCUCCAGAGGGUCUAUCUGUUCCUCCCCCUCUUACCUGGUUCCUCCGUGAUCCGUGCUCCCAAGCCAAGAGAACCCACAUCUCCCCUUACCCCCUUCAUCUCCCACAGGGUUCUCUGGUGACAUUAAAGUAGUGUGCUCAUCCUGGAUGAACUUGA